AUGCAAGUUCCCUAUAAACUGGCGGUUGCCGGGGCCGCCCUGGCUCUCUGGCCACAUCCAACCGGCGCCCAGGCACAAUGCGCCGAGGUUCCCUCGACCGAGACGUACGACUACAUAGUAGUAGGGUCCGGCGCCGGAGGCAUCCCCAUGGCCGACCGGCUGAGCGAGGCAGGGCACAAGGUCCUCCUGAUCGAAAAGGGGCCCGCGUCCACGGGACGAUGGGGCGGGACGAUGAAGCCGGACUGGCUCAAAGACACGCUCCUGACGCGCUUCGACGUUCCCGGGCUUUGCAACCAGAUCUGGGCCGACCCGACGGGCGCCGUCUGCACCGAUGUCGACCAGAUGGCCGGCUGCAUGCUCGGCGGUGGCACGGCUGUCAAUGCCGGGCUCUGGUGGAAGCCGCACCCGGCUGACUGGGACGUCAAUUUUCCCGAGGGCUGGCGCAGCACCAACGUGGCGGCCGCCACGGAGCGCGUGUUCUCUCGCAUCCCCGGCACCAUCGCCCCGUCGAUGGACGGCAGGCGGUACCUGUCGCAGGGGUUUGACAUGCUGGGCGGCAGCCUCCGGGCCGCGGGCUGGGAGUACCUCGACCCGCCUAACGCGCACCCGGACAAGAAGAACCGCACGUUCGGGCACAGCACGUUUAUGUACGCCGGCGGCGAGCGGGGCGGCCCGCUGGCCACCUACCUGGUCUCGGCCGCCGGCCGCAGGGGCUUCACGCUCUGGAUGAACACGACUGUGAGGCGGGUGAUCCGGGAAGGCGGACAUGCUACGGGUGUGGAGGUGCAGUGCAGCAGCAGCAGCGGCGGCGGCGCGGGCCACACUGGCGUCGUCCCGCUCACGCCGAAGACGGGUCGUGUGAUCAUCUCGGCGGGGGCUUUUGGAUCGGCGAAGCUGCUUUUUCGGAGUGGCAUUGGACCGACGGACCAGCUCAACAUCGUCAAGAACUCGACCGACGGCCCGACCAUGAUCUCUUCGGAUCAGUGGAUCAACUUGCCAGUUGGCUAUAACCUCAAUGACCACGUCGGAACCGACGUUGAGAUUGCCCACCCGGACGUGGUCUUUUAUGACUAUUACGGUGCCUGGAAUAAGCCCAUCGCCACCCACGCCGAGUCAUAUCUUGCCAACAGAACCGGACCUCUGGCACAGGCCGCCCCAAAUAUUGGGCCGAUUUUCUGGGAGAUCAUCAAGGGAAGCGACGGUGUCUCGCGCCACCUUCAAUGGCAAGCUCGGGUCGAGGGCAAACUGAACACCUCCAUGACCGUAACCCAGUACCUGGGCACAGGGUCUCUGUCUCGAGGACGGAUGACCAUCACUCGGCAGCUGAACACCAUCGUCUCCACUCCCCCUUACCUGCGUGACAAGUACGACAGGGAGGUGGUAAUCCAGGGCAUCGUCAACCUCCGCGAGUCGCUGAAGGACGUGGCCAACCUGACGUGGAUCACUCCUCUUCCCAACGUGACGGCCGAGGCGUUUGUGGACUCGAUACCCGCCACUCCUGCACGCCGCUGCUCCAACCACUGGAUUGGGACUGCCAAGAUUGGCACGGACGAUGGACGGACCGGCGGCACGUCCGUGGUGGACCUGGACGCCAAAGUAUACGGCACCGACAACAUUUUUGUCGUCGACGCUUCCAUAUUCCCCGGCCACAUCACGGGCAACCCGUCGGCCAUGAUUGUCAUCGCCGCCGAGCACGCGGCGACCCGGAUUUUGGGGUUAAAACCCCUGAGUGAGCCUGAGGCAUCAUCCUCGUAA